UAAAAAGGCUGUAUGCUGCUUGCACCAGUGUUUGAUGUAACAAGUGCAUGAUAAGUGAAUAGCUACUGGAGAAUUGUUUUUGGAAAUCGGACAGGUUUAAGAAAAAAAAAAGGCAAUACAAUAAUAGUUGUCUGCUUUCAGAACCAAGGCUGAAUCAGAAUGAAUGAUACUUACGCUAUAUGCUUGUUCUUCAUGUGACUUGUUUGGAGUGUACAGAGACCAGAAAGGCUUCAGAAACAACAAGGACAGCAGAGAUUCCAGCAGAAGAACAUAGAGGAUUAUUAUUUUCAGUGCGGAGCUGAAGAGAUAUUCGCCCAAGAAACAGAGGAGUCGGCUGUGAAUAUUGACACAAGUUUGGACCAAAAUCCUAAACCACAGUUGAUGGCUUCAUUAACACAGUGCUGAUUCUAUAAGCAGGGAACUGAAGAGAUGAACACAAAGGCCUGGGGCCCUGGGACACAGUGCAUUGCUAAAUGUGAUCACACAAAGCCGAAGUUAAAUGAGCUACGUUUUGAAAAAGGAGACAUUCUUACAAUUAUAGAAGCCACUCAAAAUAAAGGACAAUAUAGAGCCAAACACAAUAAGACUUGCGAAGAGGGCUUAAUAUCUUCUAAUGCUGUCCGUGAACGCGAGGCCAUCAGAGCUGAUCCUGCACUUAGUUUGAUGCCCUGGUUCCACGGAAAGAUCUCUGGACCCAAUGCAGUGCAGUUACUUCAGCCUCGUGAGAAUGGCCUCUUCCUUGUUCGUGAAUCAAUCAGACACCAGGGAGACUAUGUUCUGUGCGUCUGCUACCAGAAUGAUGUCGUCCACUAUCGCGUAAUUUAUCAGGAAAAGAAGCUCACCAUCGAUGAAGAAACCUGGUUUUGUAACCUCAUUGACAUGGUGGAGUACUACAUGAAAAAUCAAGGUGCAAUCUGUACACAGCUUGUGAAACCAAAGCCAAAAGAAGGCACAAAAUCAGCAGAAAAGGAAUUAUCCAAAGCGGGCUGGCUACUUGAUAUGGCAAAGCUGAAGAUUGAAGAACAGGUGGGAGAGGGGGAAUUUGGAGCUGUCUACAAAGGUGAUUAUAUGGGACAGACAGUGGCAAUCAAGAAUAUCAAAUGUGAUGUCACUGCACAGUCAUUUUUAGCUGAAACUGCUGUAAUGACGAAGAUUCAGCAUAAAAACUUGGUGAGGUUGCUUGGGGUCAUACUACAAAACGAGCUGUACAUUGUCACAGAGUUUAUGGGCAAGGGGAGCCUUGUGAACUACCUAAGGACUCGAGGGAGAACAGUUAUUGCAGAAAAGCAGCUUAUCCAAUUUUCUUAUGAAGUUUGUGAAGGCAUGGAAUACCUUGAGUCAAAAAAGUUGGUCCAUCGAGACUUAGCUGCAAGGAAUAUCCUAAUUUCUGAUGAGAUUGUGGCAAAGGUGAGCGAUUUUGGACUGGCCAAGGCAGAUCCGAAGAAGGAAGAUAAUGCUAAGCUUCCUGUCAAAUGGACAGCACCUGAGGCACUGAAACAAAAUAAAUUUUCUACCAAGUCAGACGUGUGGAGUUAUGGAAUCCUUCUCUGGGAAAUAUUCUCAUUUGGCAAACCACCUUACCCUAGGAUGUCACUAAAGGAUGUCAAAGACAAAGUGUUAACAGGGUACCACAUGGAAAGUCCGGAGGAAUGCCCUGCAUCCAUGUAUAGCCUAAUGAAGAGCUGCUGGGAGUUGGAUCCUGGGAAACGACCUGCUUUUAAGAAGCUGAAAGGGAAGAUUGAGAAAGAGCUACGUAGUACUAAAGCUGACUGAAUACAUGCAGAGUAUUAUAUUUUUCCACCUUCUUCAGAGACAAUCACAGAUUAAGACUAUGUUCAUAUAAAUGGUGCACUGUACAUGUGGUACACUAAAAUCUAUCAAUACCAGCUUCUCAUUCAGCCUGCAAUAGCACUUCCUGAACUUGGUUUGUGUUUUCCUGAAUAAUAAAACAGACCUUUCUUCUUCACACCAAUGGUUCUUGUACUACAUAAUGCUGACAGCCUGGGAUGGUGGUUUACAAUGAACAAAAGCUAUAGGAAUCUUCCCUUACAGUGCCUUCCUUCUUCAGAGUAUCCCAGCAGUGUGCUGCUAAUUUAUUUGUUGAGUUUUUUUUUAUGUUUGUUUCUUUGAGGAAGAGAAUGCCGAAAGCAACCUUGUUCUCAGUGGCAGUGUUAUAGGUUGGCUGUGAAUGUACCAGGGACUGCAGUUACUGCAUUUAAUGUGCAAUAUGUUCCUAUAACAGAGUCUGUAAAAUACUGCCUGCUGAAAUAUUCUAUAAAUAAACUAUUUUUUUCUUUUUCAUUCCUUCA